UUACUCAGGAACAAAGUUAAGAUCUUUUCAAAUGGGGAUUUCUUUGUCAUGCCCAUUUACCGCAUACAAUGCUUUGGCGAGCGUUAUCGAGUCAAUUGUGGGGUCAAUCGGUUUUGACGACGACGAGGUUAAAACUCCCACUCACACUCGUUCAAUCAGCUUCAAACGUAAAGAUUCGAUUCCCAAAACCGCUGUAAAACAAUUAGAUGAUGAUGGUACUGAUGAUAUCACUGUUAAUGUUGAUGAAAUUGUUAAACCGAGAUUGGUGGUUCCUGUUCUUGACAUGACAAAUCCAAGGCAUGAAGCUGCUAUAAAGUUACAGAAAGUAUACAAAAGCUUUCGAACAAGACGAAAGCUAGCUGAUUGUGCUGUCUUGAUUGAGCAAAGUUGGUGGAAGUUAUUGGAUUUUGCAGAACUCAAGAGGAGUUCAAUAUCGUAUUUUGAUGUCGAUAAACACGAAUCUGCUAUUUCCCGGUGGUCGAGGGCCAGAACCAGGGCUGCCAAGGUUGGGAAAGGCUUAUCCAAGAAUGGUAAAGCUCAAAAACUUGCAUUACAACAUUGGCUCGAGGCGAUUGAUCCGCGACACAGAUACGGGCAUAAUCUUCAUUUUUAUUAUGAUCAAUGGCUGCAUUCUCAGAGCAAAGAGCCCUUCUUCUAUUGGCUGGAUAUUGGUGAAGGGAAAGAGAUGAAUCUUGUUGAUAAGUGCCCAAGAUCGAAACUUUUGCAGCAAUGCAUCAAAUAUCUUGGCCCGAUGGAAAGGAUGGCGUAUGAAGUUGUAGUUAACGAUGGAAAGCUACUGUAUAAGCGAACCGGGGAGUUUUUGAACACUAGUGACCCCGAAGGGGCAAAAUGGAUAUUUGUCCUCAGCACGUCGAUGUCUCUAUAUGUCGGUCAAAAGAAGAGAGGAACGUUCCAACAUUCUAGCUUCUUGGCUGGAGGAGCCGCGUCUUCUGCUGGUAGGAUUGUUGUCGAGAAUGGCACCUUAAAGGCGAUUUGGCCUCACAGUGGUCAUUAUAGACCAACACCCGAAAACUUUCAAGACUUCAUCUCGUUCUUGAACAAGAACAACGUAGAUCUUACAAACGUCGAGUUGGACCCGAAAGAAGACGAAGAAUCUGUUGUCAAUAAAAUGAGAAGUGUUUCUACCAAGGAAGACUCGAUCGAUGAUAAAUCCAUAGGCCUGCAUGAGAGAAAAAUGUCGGCCAUCUCGAUACCAGAUAAGGAUGAUUUGUUGGAGAAUGAAGAAAUGGCCGUGGCUAACCGUAUUUUGGAAAGAAUUAAUUCGAAAGAAAAGAUGGAUUCGUAUGGGCAGUUAAGUAAACAAUUGUCGAGAAAAUGGAGUACGGGUGCUGGACCAAGAAUCGGGUGUUUGAGGGUUUACCCGACCGAGCUGCAAUGUCAUGCUUUGGAACAAGUAAACUUGUCUCCAAGGAGAAAUGACGAUAAUCCGAUAAGAUCAAACUCAUCGAUGGAAUUCUUAUCGAAUAGUUACGACGAGAUGAAGAAGAGUGGAGGAGAAUUGUCGCGGUUAAGUUUUUCGAUGCCGCACCAACCCUCUCCUUUAGGUGGUGACCGACGGUGUUAGACGAUGAUUAAUUUGUAACAAUGAUCUUAUCGUUAAUUCAUUUCCUUAAUGUGUAUAGGAAAAAGAUGACAUAGAAAUUCUUUUGUUGGUUGUUUUGAUUAUAAGUUCAUCUUUUAUUUACAACACACAAUAAUUUUGAUUCA